UCGAUCUUGGCCUCUAAAAGAUGAUUUAAUGUUCCAUGUUACGUUGAUUUAUGUUAACCGUUAUUCGUAAUCUCGGCAUAAAAGGUGUGCCACUGUGUCUUCUUACUCUCCUCUGGUUGCACACAUUUUCAUUCCAUUUAUCAAUAGAAGGAAGGAGCAGAUACAGGCAGCAACAUGAGUGCAGGUUUUUCAUCAAAGGUUCCUGAUUGCGUGGUCCAUACAUGCUACGAGUACGAAGGCGUCAUUAUGCCUCACUUCAUGCCCUUGUCGGUGCUGAAGCGCGUCAGGAAAUUCGAAUGUCGACCCGAUGACAUGUUCAUCGUGACGUAUCCGAAGUCAGGCACAACGUGGCUGGAGCAGCUGAGUCUGUUAAUUAAUCACGACGGUGAUACCAGUAAAUUGGACGGCACCCAUAUUAUGACUGUAGUUCCAUUCCUUGAGAUCGUGGAAAACCCCCUAGACGCAUCGUCACCGCCAGUAAUCGACAGGGCUGAAAAGAUGGCGUCACCAAGGAUACUCAAGUCUCACUGCCACUCGCCUUUCCUACCCGAGGAUAUCAGCACCGAUGAUCCGAAAGCUAAGGUGGUUUACGUAGCCCGGAACCCAAAGGAUACGGCUGUUUCCUACUACCAUUUCUGUGAAUACGUUCCGACCCUGCCAACCUAUGGUUCUUGGGAUAUGUUCUUUGAAGAGUUUCUAGCUAACAGGGCUCUUCAAGGAUCUUGGUUUGAAAACGUGUUGCCAUGGUGGAAGAGAAGAAAUCAUCCAAACGUUCUCUUUCUCAAGUACGAAGAUAUGAAGAAGGACCUACAAGGAGCUGUACGACAGAUUGCUGAAUUCAUGGGAAAGUCCCUUUCAGAUGACGUCAUCGAGAAAAUCGCGAAAGCUUCGACGUUUAAGGCAAUGAAGAAGAACCCUUCAUCGAAUCCCGACACUCUGCUGAAGAAGGGCAAACAGGAGUCCGGACUCGAACAAUCUAGUAAACCCUCAUUCAUGAGAAAAGGUGUUGUUGGAGACUGGAAGAAUUAUUUCACUGACGAACAGAACAAGCGAUUUGACGAGGUGUACGAUAAGGAAAUGGCUGGCUCUGGACUUGUAUUCGAGUUUUAGGAGUUGCUUAUAGGCCGUCUUUGACCGUUGCCAUCGUUAACCGGAGUCAAUAUUGAUUUGAUUCCAAAUGACAUUAAAAUUGUGAUACACAUUUGAUUUGAUUUGAUUUGAUUUAUAGGUUUCUGCAUCUUUUUUUUU